ACGCAUGGACACUGAGACGCGAGACUGCCGAGACACAAGCUUAGUGUGGCUGUGGCCGUGGUGUGAGGAGGAUAGGGUCUACUCCUGCCUCUUCUGUGUCUCGCUCCGCACCUGCAGUCUUCAGUCUGUGCUACUGCUGCUGCUACAACUACUGCUACUACCGCCGGUGCUGCUGCUGCUAUUGCUACGUUAGGGGGGUGACCAACCAGCUCCUCUUCUUCUUCCUCUUCCUCGUCUUCCUCAUACCACGAAAGAGGAAACUUCUCCUCCUCCUAUUCUUCUUCCCCUCAAGUCUUUUUCACUCUCACAAGUUCAGUAGUCUUACAGUCUUCUUCUUCCUUCUUCCUCCUCCUCCUCCUCCUCCUCCUCCUCCUCCUCCUCCUCCUCCUUCUCCUCCUCCUCUUCCUCCUCCUCCCCAACUAUCUAUUGCUGGAAUACCAAGAUGGCGCACAUCUGACUCAACCAUCAUGGGAUUUGUCAGACUCGCGCCGUCUCAUCUUCGGGUCAGCGGGCGGACUUGCUUCGACGCCCAGCAUGCCGCCCUCUCCGCUGCCACCUUCACUAUUUGCUCGUCCGUGGUGGUGGUGCUGGUGUACGUUUGGCGGCUGGUUCUGAAUGCAAGACACCCCGACCAACUGCAGGAUGUGUAUUACGGUGUCCAGAUAUCGUACAUGUCCACGCUGGGAACGCACAUUACUCUCAUUGCCCUCACCUCUGUCCUCUUCAUCGGAAUACGGCAGGAACGGUGCGGCCUCAUCACGCCCUGGGUGGUGGCGAACAUAGCCUUUAUGGCGCUGGAGGCUGUGUGCUGCAUGUACUCCAACAUCCUGCGGGACCAUAUCAACAAGCAGAGGUUCGACGCUGUGUGCCGCGCUGAGGUGUCCUUCUUCCUCUUCCGAGCUACCAUUAACGGAAUGGGACUCUGGGCAGUGAUGCGCUUCGUGAAGAACAUAAGGGCGGGCAUCACCUACAAGGACCCCGAAGCUAUCGAACUCUGAUGGCGAGGAUCAAAGUCUACAGGCGAGGCGAGGAUUCCGCGCAUUACCAACAUGAAGAAAACAAGACAGUGGUAGACGAGACUUCGAUGUAUGUGUGAAAACUGGAGAUCUUUCUACCUUCACCCGUGUGUGUGUGUGUGUGUGUGUGUGUGUGUGUGUGUGUGUGUGUGUGUGUGUGUGUGUGUGUGUGUAGAGUGAAAGAGUCAAUGAGCAAUGAUCUUUUGUAGUUUUAAAAAUAGGAAAAAUGAGUGUAAUUACUGUCUGAGAGAGAGAGAGAGAGAGAGAGAGAGAGAGAGAGAGAGAGAGAGAGAGAGAAUGGUGAA